GCCGGGCACGUCACUUCCUCUUACCCGUGUCCUUGGCAGCAGCAGCGGCGGUGGCAGCAGCAUCCUCCUCCUCCUCGCUGUUCGGGAUAAAAACACAUGGCUAAAAUGAGCAAAGAGACCAAACAGCGGCUGCAGCAGCUGUUCCAGUGCGGACAGUUUGUCAUCCGAUGGGGUUUCAUCCCAACCGUGCUGUACCUCGGUUUCAAACGAGGAGCAGAUCCAGGAAUGCCUGAACCCACAGUCCUGAGCUUGCUAUGGGGCUAAGAAACAUCCUCACACAGCCAGUCCCCUCCCCUCUUCUCAUGAAGACCAUAUGACCCACCCGUCAUUGGAAAUCCAGGAAAAGGAUAUUAUUUUCACUUUCCUUGUCAUAAGUCAUACUGUCCAGUGCCCAAGAAGUAAUGAAUGAAUGUUAUCUAUGGCAAUACUGUUUACUGUCACAUGUCGAGUACAUGUGGGGAGAGUGUCAGCCACAUGGAUAGAAGAUAUUUGGAUUAACAAGCAAGACAACAUGCAGUCUUGACUGGACUAUCUGUGUGACACCAAUGUUUGGAUAUACCAUCCAUUCCAUGUUUUUCCUCUUUUUUUUUGUAAUUUAAUAUUUCUGAAAAUAAAUUCACAAAAUGAA